AUGCACCAUGAGGUUUCUACAACACUGCCAGAACUAAUGCAAGUUUUUCAACAGCAUGCUUCCUCUAAGUGUCCUGCCCAGAUUUCAGGAUAUAAGAUUACAGGUUGGAGAUUACCUCAAAAACCUCAGAGAAGACGACCCAGACAGUUAAAGGCUGUCCCAGUGACAACAGUGGGGCCAAAUGAAAUAAGAAGAAAACCAAACAAACCCUUCUCUGUUUCAUUGUCUACCUUAGUGACACCUUGGAUCCCUGAAGUUGUGUCUGUGCCUGCUCAGUCGCAUAUUCGUGCCCGACUCUUUGUGACCCUGUGGACUCUAGUCCUCCAGUCUCCCCUCUUCAUGGAAUUUUCCAGGCAAGACUACUGGAUCAGGUUGCUAUUUCCUCUUCCAGGGGAUCUUCAUGACCCAGGGAUCCAACUGCGUCUCUUGCAUCUCCUGCAUUGGCAGGCGGAUUCUUUACCACUUCGCCACCGGGGAAGCCCCCUAAAGAUGAGCCAUUGA